AUGUGUCUGUCGCAGGAGUCCAUCACCAGUAUAAAGUGGGAUCCUACUGGUCAGAUGCUGUUGACCUGUGCCAAAGAGGACGUGGUGAAGCUAUGGUCCAGCCCUGGGUCRGGGUCCAGCCCUGGAGCAGGCUGGACGUGUCUGCAGAGUCUCCCCCACCCUGCCCAGGUCAAUGGAGUGGCCUGGUGUGGUCUGACUGGACACGGAGCCAGACCUCUCAACAUGCUGGCCACGUGUUGCCAAAACGGACUGGUGUCAGUCUGGACCGUACCUCAAGACGCCUCUGCCUUCCCAGAAUCCCCCUCUUCUGGCUCCGAGCCCCGGAGGGACAACGAACCCAAAGCCAAACGCAAGGUAUGAUAAAUCACUAGUAGGUAGAGGGGUCUUCCUAACCACUGGUUCUGGGUCAGAUGUUGUUUAGCUCUGCUAAUGGGGACAAGGUAUGAUAAAUCACUAGUAGGUAGAGGGGUCU